AUGGAGGAACUAUUCGCUCUUUAAUAACAAUUAGCAGAAAUAUAGGAGACAUCAACGAAAUAUAGAUUAUCUGAUAGAAUCAUAAUUGAUCUGAUUGAAAAACUAGUUAAAGAAUAUGACUUAAAGGUUUAUCAUUCAACAGAUGGUUAAAGCUUGAUAACGCCUAAAGAGUUGUCAAAGGAGAUUCAUCAGUUAAUUUUACUAAACAAGAGAGUGGCAGUGAAUCAAUUACCUGAUAUAUUGGGCAUAGGAUUUGACAAAAUUGAAGGAUAAAUAGAAAAGGAUAGCAAUGGUUGGGAUGUUGUCAGAAUGCAAGAUGAAAUGAUGUCUCAUGAUUAUAUUCUAAAUGUCUGUGAAGAAAUAAACGAGGAGUUGCAACAAAAAUCAAUUAUUUCAUUAUAAGAAAUAAUGCAAAAAUUUGCUUUUCCAAUGUAAUUUGUUUAAAAAUAUGUGCUUCAAUAAGUGGGGACAGUCAUUUAAGGAGUGCUUAAUGAAGACAAAUUGACUACUGUGACUUACCUUGAAAUAAUUACUGCCAAACUUUGUGGUAUUUUGCGAGCAACGUUGAGGCCUAUCUCUUUUAUGAAAUUGAAUAAAGACUUAGAAAUUCAAAACUCCUAAAAAAUUUGCGAAUAAUUGUUAGUUACCAAAUAACUUGAUGGUAAAAUCAUAUCAGGUUAAUAUGUGAGUUCGAAAUUUAUUCAAAAUUAAGAGGCAUAAGUUAAAUAAUUUUUUGAAUAAAAUUCUUAUGUCGAGUAUGACAAACUCUAUUCGUAGUUUUUCAUUCAAAAACCAAAAGAAUAUCUAAAGUAGAUGUUUAAAGAUAAUGUGAUAUUCUUGGACACUUGUGGAUUUAGCAGAGAUGCUCUAAUUUCAAAACAAGAGUAAAUACAAGAAUUGCUCAUUAACGAAGGUCAUACGAAUCUUCAGGAAAUUCUACCAGUCAUUCUAAGUGAUUAAGAUAUAGAGACUUUGUUUUCCUUGAUGCAACUAACCAAUUGUGAAUAUGCCAAUUUUAUGAUAUAUCAUAAGGCAUUCCUAGAUAAGUUGGUUUUGGCAUUUAAAGAUAAAAUAAUUGAUUCUAUUUAUUAGAAUCCCCAGAAAUUGAUUGAAUAACAGCAAAUUCAAGACGAUACACCUUAAGAUAUAUAAGCUUCAGCAGGAGGGGUUGCAAACAAGAAAAAUAAAAAAUAAUAAUAACCACAAAAAAAGAAAUCAUAAAAUAAAUAAGAGUUGUUUACCAAUAAAGAAAUCACUGAUUUACUGACUUAGAAAAAAUUGGUGGAAUACAAUGAUUGCGUUGAUGAAUUGUUCUAGUUUUUAUAGCCGAGAUUGUCUGCCUUCUAUGAGCAAAUUAAGAUUGAACUAUUCGAAAGCAAGAAAUCUGCAUCCAGUUAGGUUAUUUAGGAGAUUUAGAAAAAAAUUGAGGAUAUGGCUCUUGGUCUUAUGAUAACUUAAAGAUCAUUAUAAAAGAUUUAACAAGAAUGCCAAGAAGUAAAUACAAAAGUAUUAGUGGAUAAUUGCUUAUUUGGUUAUAGAUUGCUUGUUGAAAACCUCGUUGUAAUCACUUGUAAAAAGUACAAUAUUCAACUUCCAUAAAACUUAUUUGCUGAUCCUAAUCAUCCAAGUGUUGUGAAUGGUUAGAUUGAUUUUGGAUUAUAAAAGUCUGGAAGAGUGUUCUUAAAUAAAGUAGCCUUAGGAGAAGCAAUUCUGUUCUUGCCAAAAGAGCAGCAAAAAGCUUUGAAGGACACUAUGGAAUUAUAUACUAAGAAAUCCUUAGAUGUAUUGUCUUAGCAUGCAUUUUUUGAUGUUUUCAAUCUAAAAGUGCAUUUGGAUAAAAAAAAUGAUAGAAAUCUUCUGUUGUUUAUUAAGCAUCAUUGCAAAGAGUUUAUAAAACAAAGACAUCAUGAGAUUUUCGAUGAGAACGUGUUCAAUUAAAUAAUUCUGGCAAUGUCUACAGACUUAGGGUUGUAUUUUAUUGGAAAUUAUGACUAACAUUUUUAUUCUGCUCUCAAACAAAUUGUUUAUGAAUUACAAAAUGACAAACAGAUUAAAAACAUAUUAAAUAAUAUCACACAUUCAAUCAAUUAAUAAUUAGAAAUCACAGCAGAGGCAAAGGAAUUAAUAGAAAUACUUAAGCUCUUAUGAUGGAAGUUUUUAAUUAUAUAAAAUAUCUAAGAAUACCUAUAAAUAUAAUUA